AUGAAAAAUCAUCUGUUCGUUCUCAUAUCACUUAUGUCGAGUAUUGUGGUGAUUAAUGGAUACCAAUGUUAUUCAUGUCAAUUGAGUGAUAAUUGUAACGAUCCAUUCAACUCGAAGGGAAUUACAAUCGUAAAUGCCACAGAAAACGAACGUUGUUGGAAAAGUAAAAUCUCGGGCACCGUUGUUCGUAGCGUUAUAGCGGUAGAUGUCUGUAAACAAGGGGAAAACAGUUGUAUUGAUACAAGCUCCAUUGGAGUUGAUGCCGCUACGUGUUGUUGUAAUUCAGAUCUUUGCAACAAUGUGCGAUCUCUUCGAUACGAUUCAAUCAUGCUUAUUCUGUUUCUUACAAUAUCAUUCAUCUAUUAUUCAUGUUAA